UUUCCUUUCAAUUUAUAUGUUUAAUUAUGUUUCAUUGCAUGAAUUGAAUAUAAUAAAAUAACGACAGCUUGAGAUACAAUACUUGAUAGAAGUUAGGAUGCCUGGUAUUGUAUAGAUAAUUAUUCAUAUUGCAACAGCAGUUGCUGUAGAAAAAAUACAGUUUUAUACAAUAUUCAGUUGUCACCAUACAUAUUAGAAACUGUUCUAAAUAAUUAAGUUUAGAACAUACUGUUGUUAAGACAAAUAGAGGAUUACGCCUCAAUAAAAGUACUAUUGGAAAAAGUGGAAUUUUAAUACAUGAAUUUUUACCUAUUUGAAACGAAAUUCAUGUUUUGUAAUCACAACUAAUAAUAGGAAAAAGUUGCAAUAAUUGUUUAAUCGAGAUUUAUUCGUUUGAUUUGAUUGUUUCGUCGACAUGGCAAAGAGAAGGAUAUUUUGCAGACUCAUAAAAGUUUUAUGUUUGUAUUUCAUUUUGUUUAUAAUUAUUUCUUUCUUCACUUGGAAUUCAGACAAAAAUGAGACAGAAUCUCAGAUGGAUGAAAAGUUAUCGUAUGGCCACGAGUUUUUGAUAGAUGAACACAAAGAACCAAUAGAUUUGGUCUAUUUGUGGGCCAAUGGUAGUGAUCCUAAAUUUAUAUUGGAUAUGAAACGUCAAAGGGCAUCGGAAGAACCUCAAAAAUAUCAACAUCCCCUCAACUGUUCAAGACAUACAGAAUCUGGCGAAUACAUCCACGUAAUUGUGGUAUAUCCCGGUAUACCUCAAACUAAAGUUUCCAUGGAGACCAAAAACAUCAAGUUACUUUUCAACGUUACAGACAACGACAUGGAAUACACUGUCAUAAUUCCAAAACAAAAUAAACACGUCGUCGGGAUAAUGAAUAUACUAACUGAAAUAGACGGACGGAUGUAUAUAUGCAUGUGUGGUUAUAUAACAAAUGAUUACAGCAUUCAAUCAAAGAAACAACUGGACAACAUGUACAUAGUAAAAAGUUCAGAUCGUUCGGCACAGAAUAUCUUCCUAGAAAAACUGAAACGUCUAAAAGGGUUGGGAUUUAUCAAGCAAGAAGAAGUGAAUGAUAGAAGUGAAACUUACGUACUUGUGUAUGUCAAACCAGGCGUACAAAGUGAUAACAUUAUUAAAAGAUUGAAACGACUUGAUGGUCCCAAUAUGGAUAUGAGAGCAGCAAUACUGGUCUGGGACACUGAUUCUAUUGAAAUAGAAGGACUCGAUAAAAGACCAAAUACAUUUCAAGACAAUGAUCAGCUAAGAUUUUCAUUGAGAUCAGUGGAGAAGUAUGCCCCUUGGAUAAACCACAUUUAUAUCAUCACAAAUGAGCAGAUACCAUGCUGGCUGAAUACAUCAAACAAGAGAAUAUCUGUGGUUUUUACAACGGAUUUAUUACCAAACAAGAGGGAUUUACCAACCUUCUCGUCUCCUGUUAUUGAAAGUCAUAUGCAUCGAAUUCCAGGAUUGUCUGAAUCAUUUUUGUUUAUGUGCGAUGAUUUCUAUUUGGGUAAAAAUGUUCAGCUGAGUGAUUUUUACACUAAAGAGGAAGGUUUUAAGAUUCAUUGGGAUGGCAUGUUACACUUUUGCAGCCCGGAAUGUUCUCAUUUUGAUGUAGGAAACGGAGUAUGUAACAAGGGAUGUGACAAUGAUAUAUGUGGUUUUGACCAUGGUGACUGCAGAAAUCUUACAGAAUCAGUGAUGCGUAUAGGACAUCCUGUUGGCUUACAUUACGGGUCAUUAUAUCACACAAUGGCAAUGUUUAACCGGAAAAAAUCCAUGUUUGAUUUAUCAAAGAACUACUUCAUGCCGCCACACAGACCGCUUUUAAUACAAAAACAUAUUGCAAAAGAUAUGGAAAGCAUAUUUCAUGAAGAGUUCAAGCAAUCAUCAUCUCUACAUUUUCGCUCGCAGUUUAAUGUUCAAUAUACCAUGGCGUACAUGAAAUUCAUAUCGUCUGCUCUGGUUACCAUAACAACAGAACGAAUAUUUGAUGAACUGGAAGAGGUUCGACCUGGAGUGAUUUCAUACAAGGUGUUUGAAAAAUUUGCUGAUUCGGUCCUCAGAAAGUAUUUAAAGACUAAAACUGAGGACAUAAUGAACGCUUCCUUAACAUGUUUAGGAAGAAACAGAAAAGAAGUUAGCAAAGGAUUAGAGAUCCAAAAGUAUAUGUUAACCGAUUGCCCAGCCAUUGACGACAUCAUAAAACAAGCUAAAAUUACAAAAUAUAAUUACAAAUUUAGAGUGCUUACAUUUGUUGACUCCUAUUUUAUAAUGUUGUAUAACUUACCAAAUGCAAAGAGAGAUCUAGGAAUUCUUAAAAGAUCACCAAGAAAAUUUAAUACAAUCAAUGAUAACAUUGAUCAUACAAAACAGGAAUCAGUGAAAAUUAAAGAGGUGUUACACGAGUUUUACGCGUCCCUGUUUCCUACACCAUCACAAUUUGAACUACGGACAUGAAAGUGAUUAAUAUCAUUUGGAAGUAUUUAUUUUUAAAAUCUUCAGACAGUGACUCGAUAUGGAAAACAUUGCUGCACAGUGACUACUAUAUACAUGCAAUACAAGCAUAAUUACGAAUUUGAUGGCACAGGAGUUUGUGUAAUAUAUAUGUUUCAGAUGCUUUUGAUUUUUGAAGAUGAAUGUGUCCUCUGUCUCAUAGGAAUUUACAUCUUUGGUUUAUAUGUGAGCUUGAUGAAAUAAUACAUAAUUUAUAAAGUGUCAUUUUUAUUUUCUCUAUUCUUAUUAUGUAGCUCAAUUGGCAUUACCUUUUUAUCUUUUCAGACCUUUUUGUAUUAAAAUUAAAGAGAAACAAAAGUGUUCUUAUUUGUU